CCCGUUCAAUUCACUAUGGUACUACUAUGCCGAUGAAUAGCGUUGCCACAGAAUAACGUUGAUAAAAAAUGCGCUAGCUGGUAGUCCGCUAUCGGUUAAGUCAUAAGUUAUUUAAGAAACCGCGCUAGCAGAUAUUUAUGUCGAACUUUCUAUGAGUCUUUUGAUACCGAAUUAACAAAACUACUGUAAAUUCUUGUGUGGAAUAUCCUUAAUUUUGAAAUAGAUAUAAAUAAUGUUUUAAUGAUGUUAUACAUAUUUUUAACCUUAAAGCCUCCUUCUAUGAUGUUUUCUUUUCCAUCGUACUACACAUGUAUCGAAUACAUAAAUUACUUCAGAUUCUUUCAGAGAAUGAAGAGUGUAUUAUAUAUUUGGAAAUUCAAUAUGGCUCUUUCUCUUUUCACAGCAGAUUUUGGACACAACCAUCCUUCUAUUAGUAGACCCUGACAUAUCUUCACAUCAAAUAGAAUCGGAAAGUACGUAGAGAAUGGUUUCUGGGUUAGUUCACUCAAUGAUAAUAUCUUUUAUCUCUGGUUCAGUCAAGAGUUGCUGUGCAAAAGAAGCAGAAACUCAAUUCCCUUUUGUGAAUUUCAUAUGUUUCAAGAUUACCCAUGGAUAAAACUGAAAUCGUUUUUCUCCUUUUCGCAUUCCUGACCAUUGCUUUGGUUGUCGUUAUUUUUACUGUUACUUUCGACCGAAAUACAAUAAUCUAAAAAUAAAACACCAACUGAUCGCUUGAUAAGUACGUACAUACAUAUGUACGUGUCCACAAAGGGGUACAGCAAUACCAUAACAAUUGGCAGUAGGCCCAACAACCUAUUGUGUUCGCAACCGCAGUUGCACUUGAACUUGCAACGCCAUGCAGAUAAUUAAGAACAUUAACAACAUUUCCAGCCGCAUAACGCCAAUAACACAGGCAAUUUAAAACAAUUUUCCAACGCUGUGCCAAGAUGAAGAUAGGCAUGUCCAAUGCUUUGAGCCACACGCAUACGAGUGCAGGUGUGUGCGCAGCGCAUUGGCACGUACGCUCAUUACCGAUCUCGCAAAUAGCCGCAACAAACAAGCGACCGCAGCAAUAAGCAAAACUUCUUUGCGAACAUUCACUUUUUGCGAUUCGCCUUCCACAUUCGAAAUUGGCCUGGCUCCGCCGCAUGCCGCAUGCCAGAAGCCAGAGUAAACCUUUAUGGAGAUUGUGUGGAGAUUCCUGUGGCUCUGCUCUUGUUUAACGCAGAAUCAAUUUAGAUUUUUUAACUGCUGCCCAAUUAGAGGAUGACAGUGGGUUUUGGUAUAAAUAAGUUCGCCUGACCGUGGAUGGGACAACAGUACGCUUUGCGACAACCAGCGUGUGCAGACCAUUUCUGAAUAAGUUCUUCCGUUGUCAAUUUACAAGAGAGACGUGAAAAUGUUCAAAGUGGUGGCACUAUUUUUCCUCGUUACCGCCGUUGUAGGCAAAGUGACAGAAAAGCCGGACGAUUUGAAUGCCGCAGAAGCCACCGAGAUCCAUUUGGUCCCAACCCUGCACGCCACUUCGAUAAUUCAAGAACCCACUUUGGCUAAGCUGGGGGAGUUGAUUCACAGCGUACCCACCGCCGUGUCCCACCAGAGCUCGACCAUAGUUCACGAUCGCGCCAAUGUCGUCACACCGAUUGUAGCACCGGCCGUUAAGACACACAUUACUCCCGUUAUUAACUCGUACGCUUCGCCACUGGCGCGCUCUUAUCCCAACAUCUAUCCGUACAGCUACUUUUAUAACUUCUAUCCCUAUACCUAUAAGGGUAUCUACUAAGCUUGGACUGAUCGCAGAUAAUGUUAUCAUAUUCAUUGAUUUUCCUUUUGAUAAAUUGAGUGCGAUGUCAUAAAAUUUUAUUAUAAUAAACGAAAAUAUAUUUA